AUGAGGAAAAAUAUCUUCCUGGUGUGCUCCAUUUUGGUAUUCCUCUCCCUCCAAUAUGUGUUAGCUGAAAAGUUAGGCUUUAAAAAAAAACGCAAAAAAAUAGAGGGUAAUGUUUUAACCUUGAUGAAAAGAAGACUAGCAAUUCUGCAAAAAUUGAACUCAUCCGACAAGAGUGAAGUUUUUGCCAAAGAAAUUGAGUCGAUAAAGGAACGCAUUAACAUGUUGAAGCAACGUGGUUGGGAAAACCCGGAGGAAAGCUUCUGCGAAACUUUAGAAGAGGUGCCAAACUGCGAGGUGGGAGAAUAUGCAGACAUGGUCAAGGAGGACCAAGGGAAUUUAACCGACAGCGAAGCGGAGUUCCUCGUACAGGAGGAAAUAAAACAUGAGGGAAGCGUGGGCGGUGAGGAGGUCCCCGGAGAUGUUAAAAGUGGUGAAGUGGUGGGUAAGGCGGCGAGUAAAGCGGGGGGUACAGCGGGGGGUACGGCGGGGAGUAAAAAGGUAGGUAAGGCGGGGAAUAAACAGGUGCGUAAGGCGGUGAGUAAAGAGGCGAGUAAAGUGGCGGGUUAG